GGAAAUCGGAACUGUAGCGUGUAGAGUGCUGGUAACCCUCUUUCAACAUUUGUGACAUCCCACCUGGCGCACUCAACCAGCCGCCGCCUCGCGCCAUGUCGCCCGCUGCACUCCCCCGCCACCACGCAUCGCCCCUCGUCGCCGCCGAUCCCUCCGCGCUCUCCGCUGACCUCCGCGACCUGCUCCGCUGGGCGGCAGAGCGCGGCAUCACUGACAGCUGCACUGGCGGGGACGAGCGGGGGAACUCUUCCGCCGAUGCUGGCGAGUGCGGAGAGGACAGCGGCACUCGGUCAUGCCUGGGGGGAACUCUGCGCGUGGCGCACUUCACCGACGGCGGAGGUCGCGGGCUGGCGGCAGUGCGCGCCAUAGCGCGGGGGCAGCUGGUGCUGCGCGUGCCACGGCGCGCCAUGCUCUCAUGCGCCGAGGCCAGAGCGUGCCCCGCCAUGGCACCGCUGCUGCCAGCAUUCCCCCACCUGUCGUCCCAUCAGCUGCUGGUGUGCUACGUGCUCGUGCAGGCGUCCCUGGGGCGGGCCUCGCCGUGGCAUGUGUACCUGCGCUCGCUGCCCUCCUCCUACACGCUGCUCGCGCGCUUCAAGCCAAGCCACAUCGCCAUGCUGCAGGUGCCAGAGGCAGUGGCGGAGGCGGAGGCAGCGGUGGCGGCGGUGAGGGGCGAGUGGCGGGAGGCGAGGGCGCUGCUGCGGGGCAUGGAGGUGGGGGGCAAGUGGCUCUCGUGGGGCGCGUGGUCCUGGGGCCACUGCACGGUGUCAUCGCGCACGCUGUACGUGCCGUGGGAUGCAGCGGGCGCCCUCUGCCCUGUGGCUGACCUCCUCAACUUCGAACCGCUCACCCCUGCUGCUGCCGCUCCCACCUGUGCUGCUGCUGCCCCUGCUGCCGCUCCUGCUGCCCCUGCUGUGGCUCCUGCCUCUGCUGAUGCUGCGUGUGCUGGUGUCCUGACUGACGCAGCAGCAGCAGCACCACCACUCCCAUCAGCUGCUCUUCCUGGUUGUACUCACAUGGCUGGGGAUGUGCAUGCCAGCACAGCACACACAGAUGCCAGCACAGCACACACAGAUGCCAGCACAGCACACACAGAUGCCAGCACAGCACACACAGAUGCCAGCACAAGAGCAGAUGUAGUGUCAUUUGAAGCUUCAGAGCCAGUGUGCUGGGGGAACACAUCAGCUAACACUCACACCAGGAAGUCCUGCUCUCCUCGCUGCACCUCUGACCCGCCCUGUGUGCCUCUGGAUGACACUCACUCCAGGAACUCCUGCUCUCCCCACUGCACCUCUGUCGCUCCCUGUGUGCCUCUGGAUCAUCAUCAUGGCAUCCCUGCACCGCAAUCUUGUGCGUGCACCACUGCCACCUCUUGUGCCGCUGUACACAGCACACACAAUUAUGUCACAGACGGCUGUGAUCGCGCAACAGACGGCUGUGAUCAUGCAACAGAUGGCUGUAAUAGUGUCACAGACGGCUGUGAUCGUGUGACAGACGGUGGGUACAGCGAGGAAGCCCAGGCAUACCACAUCUUUGCGCGCAGACGAUUUGAGGCGGGCGAGCAGGUGGUCAUCUGCUACGGCGUGUACAGCAACCUGCACCUGCUGCAGCACUACGGCUUCCUGCUGCCCGCCAACCCCGACGACUGCAUCCCCAUCCACCCGCCCUGCGACCCCCACCUACUUGGCAUCCCCCUCCCCGACCCUUCCCCCUGCCGCUCCUCCCCCCACGCCGGGCCUCCCCCCCUGUGCAUCGAGGCGGACGGGUCGCCGUCGUUCCUGCUGCGCGCGCUGCUGCGCGUGUGGACCACACCCUACCGCCUGCGCCGUAAGGUGCGCCACGUGGCGCUGGGCGGUGCGCCGGUGUCGGCGGAGGGCGAGGCGGCGGUGUGGCGGUGGGUGCGCGGCGAAUGCGAGCGGCUGCUGCAGGCGCUGCCCACGAGCCUGCAGGAGGAUGAGGCGCUGCUCAGGGGCAUGAGGGGCGUGCGAGGGGUUGGGCAGGGGGGCACAGGGGAGCAUGGGGAGGGGAGGAUGGAAGGGGUUGAAGGGGAGGGUAUGAGAGAGGGGGGUGCACGUGGUGGUGGUGGGUGCUUGGAUGGGCAGGGGAAGGAAGAAGAGGGGGGCAGCUGUGGUGUGGGUGGGAGAGGGGGCAGGACGGUGGCAGAGGAGGAGGAUGAGCAUAAGGAGGUGCUGGCUGUGAUGUGGCGCGUGGGGUACAAGAGGCUGCUGCGGCGAGCUAUGGCGGUGGCACAGCAGGGCAUCCAUGACGUGCAGCGAUAACGGGCAGUGCGGCAGCUCCAAGGGCCCAUGUACGGCUUGCUGCUGAAUAGCGGUGGCUGAAGCGUCGAUGGGUCGGAGAGCGGCCGCAGUGCCAUGAACCACUUUCACGCUCCUCUGCUGCUGCUGUUGUGUGCCCAUCCCACUCCAGUGGAGAAUCAAGAUGCGGUGGUUCAGCUUUCGGACAGGCAUGGCAAUGCGACUACUCAAAUGUGCUGCUCCAGCUGUGCAAGUGCAAGCCCUGUGUGCACCAGUAGCAGAGUUAGUUAUCACAGGAAGGCACAGAGUACCGUGAUUACAAAAUGGCUUCCGUACAGUUGUUUCCCUGUAUGCCUAUCAUGCCUGCUCUCAGCGAGUCCCUCCAUGGCUGUGCAU